AUGUCUCCCCGGGGGUGUUUACCGGUGCUAUACAGCUGUCUGGAACAGGACAGAUCCUGCUGUCAUAGAGCUUCCAGGUUUCUUGCACGAUAG